AUGGUAUCUCUACGCCAAAGCCGCCCUCGGUCCUUUGGCACCCAGCCCGGCUCCCUCACAGCAGCCCUUGCCUCAUUCCGCCAACAAAACAGCAACAUGCCAGAUGUUACAGGCAUCGCCGAAUCCAGAGCGGAGUCUGUUCUGUCCGACGAUAACCUUUCACCUAAGGCCUCAAGAUCUUCUACCCAGGGAUCAUGCACUGCAUCCGUGAAUGGAGGUUCUCCGCUCCUGGAUCCAAAGACGCCCGAGCUCUCCUCCCCAAUGCCGAGCCCAAAUCUGCUAUCCAGGAACGCGUCAACCUCGGACUUCAGCUCUUACCAGGAGGAAUGGGAAACCCCUUUAGAGACUCUUACCGUGUUCGACCUCCUGGACAAUCUUGCACUUCCUUCGCGACUUGAAAAAUGGCAGACCAAAUUAUCGGCGCAGACCGAAAGAGUACGACGGCAACGUGAGAAGAUCAAGUCGUCCACGUCCAACGCGAAGGACAGAGUGGUCGAGGAAUGGCGAAGGCGUCUACCACCACCGGAUGAGCAACUUGACAAGUACAGGAAACGCAUGAGCGACUCCGUAAACCGUCUUGGUUCGAGGUGGCACGACACAAAAGCUGUGACAGCCCGAGAGAAGCUUUCCUUCAUUGCUGGAGUGCUCAACAUUUUCAUAAGCGGAUACCUAAUUGGCGGGCACCCUGAAUUGUUCUACAUUUGGUUCACAGCACAGCUUUGCUACUUUAUGCCAAUUCGCUUCUAUACUUACCACAAAAGGGGCUAUCACUACUUCUUGGCGGACAUGUGCUACUUCGUCAACUUUCUCUUACUUCUGACGAUCUGGGUUGCACCGAGAUCGAAAAGACUCUUCAUAAGCACGUAUUGCUUGGCAUAUGGAAACAAUGCUGUCGCCAUUGCAAUGUGGAGAAACUCCAUGGUGUUCCAUUCUUUGGACAAGGUUACAAGCCUGUUUAUCCAUAUCAUGCCACCAGUGACACUACAUUGUCUGGUCCACCUCACUCCUCCAGAGAUCCAGCUAGCACGCUUCCCAGGUAUAUAUGCCAUCGCGCAAAGCUCCCCAGAUAGCGCGGUGCACUAUUCCCUACUAGGCAUGAUGGCCUGGUCAUCCGUUCCAUACGCCGUUUGGCAACUUUCGUAUCACUUCUUCAUUACUGUAAGGCGUCGAGAAAAGAUUGCUGCAGGCCGUCCUACAAGCUUCACCUGGCUACGUAGAUCUUAUGCCAAAAGUUGGAUCGGACGCUUAAUACUGGGACUUCCUGAACAAUUACAAGAACCCGCGUUCAUGCUCACACAAUACCUUUAUGCCUUGGGAAGCAUGCUACCAUGCCCAGUAUGGUUCUGGUAUCGGUGGCCGAGCGCAAUAUUUCUGCUGUCACUAUUUGUCUGGAGCAUUUACAACGGAGCGACGUACUACAUUGACGUCUUCGGAACCCGCUUUCAGAAAGAAUUGGAGCAAAUGAAGAAGGACGUUGCGAAAUGGCAGACCAGCCCGGAUGCUUUCAGCAGUCCUUUGAUGACGCCAAAGGCGGAAGAUGGCUCAGUAACACCGCAACAACAGCGGAGUAGCGAUGAAACAAGUGGCAAGAGUGGACACAAACGAAGCGAAAGCAGCAGCAUCGAUCAGAUACCCAUGCUUGACGCGCAGCAUAUAGGAUCUAGUGGAAUGGAGAACGUUGCGGAUGAAAGGGUUCGGGAGCGAAAGUAA